AUUUUACCCGCUGAUAACAACCUCCACAGAGGUUCAUAACAGCAUCGUCGAAUCCAUUCCGCCGGGGACUCUGAUUUUCCGAUCUCCGGAGGUUCUAUUUCCGAUCAACCAGGUUUUCGAGACUGACGAAGAGCUGGGUAAUAACAGAGCUGGUGGUGUGAUGGGGUUUUGUAUUUCUCCAUUGGGAACACCGGCUAGGUUACUUUGGAGCACCAGCUUCUUCCGCCACAAGCUUAUGAUUUUCUAAUUUUCAGCCGUAGACGCUGAAAAUACCAAACCCCAUCUAUUUCCUUUCUUGUUUUAAUAAAGAUCUCCCACGAUUUCGUGCGCCGCCGCCGUAAAUCGCCGGUGAUCCCUUGCUAACGAUUCCCGUUUCAGAUUUAAGAGAAUAAUUAAUGAUGUCGGACGGUUGGAUCUUUAACCGGUCUCCAGGUCAUGCCAACAUGUUGUUUUUUGGAAGUAGUGAUUCCAUCCUUCGAGGACCAAGUUUCACGAUGGGGAUGGAGGAAACUUCAAAGAGGCAGCCCUUUUUCAGCUCUCCGGAUGACCUGUUCGACGAUGACUACUACGAUGACCAGCCACCUGAGAAGAAGCGCCGGUUAACUCAAGAGCAGGUGCAUCUGCUGGAGAUUAGCUUUGAGUCAGAAAACAAACUGGAGCCAGAGCGCAAGACUGAGCUGGCAAAGAAGCUGGGUCUGCAGCCAAGGCAAGUGGCUGUGUGGUUUCAAAACCGCCGAGCUCGAUGGAAGACAAAGCAGCUUGAAAGGGACUAUGAUCUUCUCAAAUCUUCAUAUGAUUCCUUUCGUUCUAGCUACGACUUUAUUGCUAAGGAGAAUGAAAGGCUCAAAGCCGAGGUAGCUUCUUUAACUGAGAAACUUCAAGCUAAAGAAGUGGUUGAAUCAUCGUUUCACGCUAAGAAUCCCGAGCCAUUUCUGGAGGAUCAACUCCUUGUUCCUGUUGUGCAACAGAGCAUUAAGAUUGAAGACCACCAUAGUUGCAGGAGCAAUGGAAGCGCUGUGCUGGACGAGGACGGUCCUCAACUCUUAGACAGUGGGGAUUCUUACCUCCUGAGCAAUGACUAUGAUGGCUGUGUUUUGCCAGUUUUUGGAGUGAACUCAGAGGAGGAAGAUGGGAGUGACGACGGUCAGGGUUACUUCUCGGAUGUUUAUACAACAGCUGAUCAGCAGAGUCACGAGGGAGAGCCUUUGACCUGGUGGGACUGGACGUCGUAAAUGCAUGUUCGAAUCAUCUCGAUAUUUAGUAGUGGAACUAUAAUAUGAAGUUUAAUGUAUGAUACAAAUGAAUAAAUAUAGUAGUGUGAACAUUACUUGGUUUGGAAUGAAUGUUUGUGUAUGGAUGUAACUUAUAUCUUGUACUGUUAUAUUA